AUGCUUUCCACUACAUUACGUUCUCUCAGAGUUCAAUCCAAGAGAUUACCAUCUUCCAUCACAAGAAACUAUGCACUUUCAGCAACUGCUCAAGCUUUAAUUUCAAAGCCAGUUAGUGAAGUUGAUCCAGAGAUGGCUGAUAUCUUAAAUCAAGAAAGAAUUAGACAAAAGAACUCAAUUACUUUAAUUCCAAGUGAAAACUUCACUUCCAAGGCAGUUAUGGAUUUAUUAGGUUCAGAAAUGCAAAAUAAAUAUUCUGAAGGUUAUCCUGGUGAACGUUAUUAUGGUGGUAAUGAAAUCAUCGAUAAAGCUGAAUCAUUAUGUCAAAAGAGAGCUUUAGAAGCUUUUGGAUUAAAUCCUGAAGAAUGGGGAGUUAAUGUUCAACCAUUAUCGGGAGCUCCUGCUAAUUUAUAUGCUUAUUCGGCAGUUUUAGAAGUUGGUGAUAGAAUUAUGGGAUUAGAUUUACCUCAUGGUGGUCAUUUAUCUCAUGGUUAUCAAACUAAUACUACCAAGAUUUCUUAUGUUUCUAAAUAUUUCCAAACUAUGCCAUAUAGAUUAAAUGAAGAAACUGGUAUUAUUGAUUAUGAUACUUUAGAAAAAAAUGCUCAAUUAUUUAGACCAAAAGUAAUUGUUGCUGGUGCUUCUGCUUAUUCUCGUGUUAUUGAUUACAAGAGAAUGAGACAAAUUGCUGAUAAAGUCGGUGCUUAUUUAUUAUCCGAUAUGGCCCAUAUUUCAGGUUUAGUCUCUGCUGGUGUAACCGAUUCUCCAUUCCCAUAUUCUGAUAUUGUCACCACUACUACCCAUAAAUCUUUAAGAGGUCCAAGAGGUGCCAUGAUCUUCUUUAGAAAGGGGAUCAGAAAGGUCACUAAAAAGGGUAAGGAAAUUCCAUAUGAUUUAGAAAGAAGAGUCAAUUUCUCCGUAUUCCCAGCCCAUCAAGGUGGUCCACACAACCAUACCAUUUCCGCUUUAGCUGUCGCUCUUAAACAAUGUAAAUAUCCAGAAUACGUCCAAUAUCAGAAAGAUGUCAUUUCCAAUGCCAGACAUUUUGCUGCCGAAUUAGAAAACAAAGGAUUUAAAUUAGUUUCCGGUGGAACUGAUACUCAUUUAAUCUUGGUUGAUUUAAGAUCAAAGAAAAUCGAUGGGGCUCGUGUUGAAGCAGUUUUGGAAAGAGUAAACAUCGCGGCUAACAAAAACACCGUUCCUGGUGAUACUAGUGCCUUAUUCCCAUCUGGUUUGAGAGUUGGUACUCCAGCCAUGACCACUAGAGGAUUCGGACCUGCUGAAUUCACCAGAGUGGCGGAAUUCAUUGAUCAAGCCGUUGCGAUUUCUAUUGAAUUAAAGGCAAAGGAACAAGGAAAGGUUGCAAAGGAAUUAUUGGCCUCUUUUAAACAAUUGGCUGACGAAAGUGAUAAAGUUAAGAUUUUGGGUGAAGAAGUUUCUAAAUGGGCUUCUACUUUCCCAGUUCCAGGUGAUUUGUAA